AUGGCUGCAGCUGGGACAUCGAAAACUGGACGAUUCUACAACUGGGUUCGAUGCCCGCUCCCACCUUUGCCCCAGUUUCAAGCAAUUGGAGAUAAUGGUGAUCUUUUGCAAGGCUCAAGCUCGUCUUCCUCGGACGAUGGCUUGAUGUUGAAUGCCGAAGGCCAGCGUAUCCUAUCAGCCCCUUCCUUAACCAAUACCGAUGCCUCUGCCCAUGGCAGAGUUCAAACUGCGCCCUACACUCGAGGAAAUGGAAGAGUCGACCCGAUACAGGCUGCGGGCAACUACCAUUGCCAACUCUCCACCAUCGAGGAGUGGUUCAAGAUCCAGAGGGAGAGUCGAAGACGAAAGGCGAACAGAUCUAUUGAAAUGGUCCCAACGAUCCUUCGCACCCCUACUACCACGCCGAGUCCAGUUUCCAGCUUGAAGAGGAAGACGGAGGAACCCCACGUCAAACGCAAACGCGGGCGUCCUCCUCGGCCUCGACCUCACGACCAACUAGAGAAACGAGACAAUCCCUAUUCUCUACUUAGGUCGACGUCACCCACAGCCUUCAGAUCCCUUUCUUCUGUCAACCAGUCCCCGUUCUUGGACUCUGGCCAGCUAGCCAACCUUAAAAUGUUGCUAAAUGCGACACCGAGUCCUUCGAGCGAGGCCUUGGACUCGUGGGCUACCUUCCUAGGAGUUACGAAAUCCAUCUUAGUACAGUCCAUCUCCCAUGUAUUGGAAACGUCAAGGGCGCCUCGAAAAGUCCGUCUCCCUCCGUCGUCUCCAGCUACGGUGUCAGACCGCUCAAAAUCGAGAUCGACGAGUGAUCAUAGCAGUGAAUCGGAGGACGACGAGGAAAAGGAUUCCAUUUACAAUCCUUCCGAGGACGAAGAGGCCGAUGCGGACCGACUCUCCCCAACACCGUUGACGCUCAGACGACGCGCUUCCACGAAACAGGACGAGCGUUGUCUGAGCAUCUUUAGGGAAGGAGGGGAGAGUGGGUCUGGUUCUGGGUCUGGGAGACCCACGAAAAGGUCAUCUAAGACCCCGGUUGGAGGUGGUAGUAGCUCGAGAGUGGAUGAGUCGCCUGUCGAAGCGGAAGGUGUUCAAGCUCCAUGGGAGGCGUGGGCGAAUUUACCUUUCUUCGCGGAGCAGCCCGAGUCUGUUGCCCCCGCGCAAGCUGCAGCAGACCCGGGGCCACCUAAUAUCCCCCCUCCAGGUCCUGCCAACGUCCCGACAGAGAACAACAGACCUGGAUCUUCCGAGUGCCCAAACACUCACGCGACACCCUCUACGAAGCUUCAUCUUGACGCAGACCUUGUACCUGUUGGAUGGAUUGGAGUAGAAUCCUUGACAAGCCUUCAGUUUGACAAUUGGGAUUCUGCCGAUGGAGAUGCAGAUGUCAUUGCACUCGGUAGUUCAUCCCUUUCCCAUCUUUCCACCCGCGGUCGGUCAGCCCCCUCAUGGACAAUGCGAGAUGCAGAAGCAAGCUCACAGUCGCCCCUUAUAGUUCCGACUUCGCCAGAGAAGGCGCAUGACAAGAUGAUAGUUGACUCCCAACGUACUCUUCCAAUGGCUGAGGGCGCUAUGUCAGAUGAGGAGGCGUCUCAGGUGGCAACGAUGCUUGAAGAGGUCUGGUAUUCUUCCUCCCCCGAGUCACCGCCUCGAAAAUCAGCAUCAAAUGAAGAGCAGGAAAUCCAACCACUGGAGCCACGUUCGCCUUGCACGUCGGUGUUGUCAUUCGGUGCACCACUAGCACCAGCACGAGUACUACAGGAGGCCUCCGCAUCAGAACUUGAGAACUAUCCCCGGUCUUUGGAGGAGCUUGACACCCUGUGGUCGCGCUUCCAGACUCGAUUGGUCGAUUUUUCUCGUGCGCUUGGAGGAUGA